AUGAGCGCACGACAGGGUCAACGGCCGAUCGACGACGAUUCCGAUGUGGAAGAGGAGGCGCUCGCAGGACAGUAUGGCGAGCAGGUGGGAUACGAGGAUGGCGCCGACUACGAUUUGAUGGGCGCGGGCGGCGCACAGGAUUUGCAGGCGCAACUGGCGGCGGCGGCGACUCCACUGGAAUAUGGCGCGUCGAUUGAGAUGAAGACUCAAAGCUACGAUAGCUACUGCAACUUGUUCCACUUCAUCCUUAACAGCGACGGACCCGUGGACAUUGAAGUGCCUUCGCGACAAUACUACUGGGCGUGGGACGUGAUCGACGAGUUCAUCUACCAAUUCAACUCCUUCUGCUCGUACCGCCAGCGCGUGGCUUUCCAGCAAGGCCAGCCCAACGCCGGCGCCAGCGACGAUGAGGUCGCCCUCCUCCGCGAAAACCCCAACACGUGGGGAUGCUAUUCCGUCCUCAACGUGCUCUACUCCCUCAUCCAGCGGUCACAGAUUAGCGAGCAGUUGCAAGCCCGGAAGCGAGGAGAGGAUGGUGCGCUAUACGCCGGCGAGUACGGCAACCGCCCGCUCUACCAAAUGCUGGGCUACUUCUCCAUCAUUGGACUGCUCCGCGUCCACUGUCUGCUCGGAGACUUUUCCCUCGCCCUCAAGACGCUUGAUGAUAUCGAGCUCAACAAAAAGGCCAUGUUCGCGCGUGUCAUGGCCGCCAACUUCACCACCUACUACUACGUUGGCUUCUCAUACAUGAUGAUGCACCGCUAUGCCGAUGCUCUCCGCGCCUUCAACCACAUUCUCAUCUACGUCUCGCGUACCAAGAACUUCCAGAAGGGCGCCCAGUACGACAGCAUCAGCAAGAAGAACGACCAGAUGUACGCUCUGGUCGCCAUCUGCGUCGCUUUCCACCCGACCCGCCUUGACGAUACCAUCCACACUGCGCUACGGGAGAAGUACGGCGAGCAGCUCACACGCAUGCAGCGUGGAGGCCCAGAGGCACUUCCCAUCUUCGAGGAGCUCUUCCGCGCCGCAUGCCCCAAGUUCAUCUCUCCCACACCACCCGAUUUCGAGAACCCACACCUCAACCCCGACCCAAUCGAGCACCACCUCAACAUCUUCAUGCAGGAGGUCAAGAACAACAUCUUUGCACCGACCGUUCGCAGCUACCUCAAGUUGUACACCACCAUGGAUCUCACCAAGCUCGCGGGCUUCCUCGAGGUUGACGCAGACACACUUCGCAGCUGGCUAUUGGUCAACAAGCAGCGCAGCCGACAAGUUAGGCACUCGGAAGGCGGUCUCUUGGAGGGUGAUGUGGUCAACUCAAGUGAUCUGGACUACGCGAUGGAAGGCGAUCUUAUCCACGUUUCAGAGGCAAAGGUUGGCCGGAGACUGGUGGAUUGGUACUUGAGGAACUUGGCGAGGACAUACUAG